CGGGUCCUGCGCACAGGUGCGCGCUGCUAGCCAGGUGCGCCGCUCGCGCCCUCGCUCCGCCCCGCCUCGCUGCGCCCUCGCCCCUUCCGGACGCAGGGAGCGCGCGGGGCUCUGGCGGUCAGUUACAGCGAAGCCGGGCGACCCCACUUUCGGGCCGUGCUCUGCAGAGGGACCCUGCAGCUGAUUCGUGGAUCCGAGAGGACUUGGGCCAGCAGCAUGUGGUGGGUGCCGCGAAGCUGUAGGCUUGCGCGCCAAGGCCUGGCCAGAGCCCUGGGUGUGGGCGCGCCAGGCUGGCUUCAGGGUCGCCGCGCCCUGGGCACCACAGAAGAGUUCAGUUACGUGGUGGUGGGCGCGGGCUCGGCGGGCUGUGUGCUGGCAGCGCGGCUCAGCGAGGACCCCGCCGAGAGCGUGCUGCUGCUGGAGGCCGGGCCCAAGGACGUGUGGGCUGGCAGCAAGCGGCUGUCCUGGAAGAUCCACAUGCCCGCGGCGCUGGUGGCCAACCUGUGCGACGACAAGUACAACUGGUGCUACCACACGGAGCCGCAGCCCGGCCUGGACGGCCGCGUGUUGUACUGGCCGCGCGGACGCGUGUGGGGCGGCUCAUCGUCCCUCAACGCCAUGGUGUAUGUGCGCGGGCACGCCGCCGACUACGACCGCUGGCAGCGCCAGGGCGCACAGGGCUGGGACUACGCGCACUGCCUGCCCUAUUUCCGCAAGGCGCAGGCGCACGAGCUGGGCAGUGACAGGUACCGUGGCGGCGAGGGCCCGCUGCACGUGUCGCGGGGCAAGACCAACCAUCCGCUGCACCAGGCCUUCCUGCAGGCCGCGCAGCAGGCCGGCUACCCUUUCACCGAGGACAUGAACGGCUUCCAGCAGGAAGGCUUUGGCUGGAUGGACAUGACCAUCCACGAAGGCAAGCGCUGGAGCGCAGCCUGCGCCUACCUGCACCCGACCCUCAGCCGCCCCAACCUGCAGGCCGAGGCCCGGACGCUGGUGAGGCGGGUGCUGUUUGAAGGGACCCGUGCGGUGGGCGUGGAAUAUGUCUCCAAGGGCCAGAGCCGUGUGGCUCGUGCCAGCAAGGAGGUGAUUCUGAGUGGAGGCGCCAUCAACUCCCCGCAGCUACUGCUGCUGUCUGGCGUGGGGCCCGCCGAUGACCUCCGGAAGCUGGGCAUCCCCGUGGUGUGCCACCUGCCCGGGGUGGGCCAGAACCUGCAGGACCACCUGGAGAUCUACGUCCAGCAAGCGUGCACCCGCCCCAUCACGCUGCACUCCGCACAGAAGCCCCUGCGCAAGGCCCGCAUCGGUCUGCAGUGGCUCUGGAAGUUUUCAGGGGAUGGAGCCACAGCCCACCUGGAAACAGGUGGCUUCAUUCGCAGCCAGCCUGGGAUCCCCCACCCAGACAUCCAGUUCCAUUUCCUGCCAUCUCAGGUGAUUGACCACGGGCGGGUCCCUACGCAGCAGGAGGCUUACCAGGUGCAUGUGGGAACCAUGAGGGGCACAAGCGUGGGCUGGCUCAAGCUGAGGAGCACCAACCCUGAGGACCACCCUGUGAUCCAGCCCAACUACCUGUCCACAGAGACUGACAUCAAGGAUUUCCGCCUGUGUGUGAAGUUAACCAGAGAGAUCUUUGCCCAGGAAGCCCUCGCUCCUUUUCGGGGAGAGGAGCUACAGCCUGGAAGCCACAUUCAGUCGGAUCAAGAGAUCGAUGCCUUUGUGCGGGCCAAAGCCGACAGCGCCUACCACCCAUCGUGCAGCUGUAAGAUGGGCCAGCCCUCCGACCCCACUGCUGUGGUCGAUCCACAGACCAGGGUCCUCGGAGUGGAGAACCUCCGUGUCGUUGACGCCUCCAUCAUGCCCAGUGUGGUCAGCGGCAACCUCAACGCCCCAACCAUCAUGAUCGCUGAGAAGGCGGCUGACAUCAUCCGGGGGCGGCCUGCGCUCUGUGACGAGGGCGUCCCAGUGUACGCCCCCAAGACCCUGGCUGCCCAGCGCUGAGCUGCUGCCUGGAACUGCCUAGGGGAGCCCCAGGAGGCCAGCACAGCCCACCUCAAGCCAGCAGCUGCACACUGGACAGCAAUUUGGACGUGAGCCCGAGGACCAGUAGGUGGGUCGAGUUCCUUUUCCACAGCAUUGUCCCUUGGAGGGACAGCAGAGAGGCAGUGGCCAGGCCAGCAGUGGUGGAGGACUCGCUCUUGCCAUGCCCUUGUCUUGUAGCCACGUGGCUUUCUCCUGGGUCCUGAGGCCUCGAACAAAGUGGUCCCUUCUGGGCCUCCCUCCUGAGGGUGGGAGCUCUGCCCAGAAGCACUGCCCCUGCUGCCCUGGCACCCCUCUGAAGGGACAUCCUGUGUGUCAAGCUGCUGGCUUCAGCUGAGGCCGGGAGUGCUGAAGGAAUCACCUGGGUGUAGCUGGCCUCUGCUUCAACUUUUCCUUGCCACUUGGGACAUCACUGCCUCACCUCUCCUAGGCUCUGCUCUGUGAUGCAUCCCCACUCAGGGAUCUGGUGUGCUCGUUCAGGAAUGGCACGGCAGCUGCUCUGCCAGUGGGCUCAUGGGUUAGCAUUUCACGAGGUUCUCCCAUGAGCAGGAAACAGCAUGUAUUCUGCACCAGGUCACUGCUUCCUGUCUGAGCAGCCAGCCCUGGGGUUAGCUGGCCGCAGACAAGGGAGGGUUAAUGCCGAUACUCUAGCCAGCCAGCCAUGACCGAUUGGGGAGGCCAAGGAGGGCAGCCAUGCCCCCCUGAUCCUGUAGGAACGCUGAAGUGAAGGGACUGGCAGCUGUGGAGACUGGUGCUGGGGGCGGCAGGGGCAGUUGGCAGCAGUGCUUCUUACACCCCUUUCAGCCCAAUAAGGUGACGGGCGACUUAGCUUCCUGUGGCGAUGCCGUUCCCAGGCAGCUCUGCCGAGGGAACGGAAACUGGCUGUGUAGCAGACUGGUUUUGAUCUGAAGCCAUGGAUGGCAGGGAGAAGAACCACCACUGCAUAGGAAUCUGCUCUGUGCCCCCAAGUAAGGAGAAAGGGGGACGGCACAGGAGUCCCGCCCCCUCUGUGGGGGUCAGGGUGCUUUGAGGGGUUCACAAGACCACCUCAGAUUUCCCGCAGCGAGGUGGAAGGAAACAAAGCCAGGCGCCCCUCCCUGGUUACAUUAAGUGGUUAAACUUUAAUCUCACCUGCAAGCUGCUUAUUAUCUAUCCUGAGAACCAGCUCAAGAAAGGAAACUAAAUCUGCCAAGAGACAGGGCCUCCCACCUGCUCCACAGCCAUCCUCCGGGCGCUGGAGCCCCCCAGGCCAACUCUACCACUCCCUUCUGCCAAAGAGGGCAGGUGCCAGGUGUCCUGGGCGGGGGGAGGAGGGCUGUUCCUCCACUGGUCCUCCUGGGCUACGGGUGCACAAGUGGCAGGCCACAGCCCUUCACUUCCCUGAUGUAUCAGCCUCCGUGACAAUGGCUGCUUUGGUCAGCGGCUUUGUUAGGUGGGUAGCCAAGAUAGUCACUCGCAUUCCAGCCCCUCCCCACUGCCAGGGUGGGCUCCAGCGAGCCCAGGAUGUCAGCCACACCCUCAAGUGGUUUCAGCAGCCAGGACAGUGCUGGCCUCUCCCCCUGGCAGCACAGCGGAUGGAGAGCAAGCCAAGCUGCUGCUGGCGGCCUAGCAAGGAGGAGAGCUCCAGGGUACAACAGGUGCCUCUCGUAAGAGCCCGCCCAGGCCAAGGCUGCAGGAUGAACUUGGGGAGCACAUGACAAUAGCAGCACCCAGGAGAAAGGUACUCAUUGGGGCCAGGGCAGGGAGGACCAGCCACAACAUGGGUGGGGUGCACGGAGCCCCUGCCAGCAUCUGCCUCAUGGGGAGCGGGGGUCGGGGGGACGGCUUGGCCCAGAGCCUUCCUGCAAUGGCUAAAAAGAGGAAGAACACGCCUUGUGGUUGGAAGAGCACAGGAGGAAGGAAGCAGGGUCCUGGGCGGCUCUGCCCCGUGCACCAACGGGAAGCUGGUGGCAUCAGGAGUGGCUGCCAGCAUGACCAGAAGUGGGUGUCCCGGGGACCAGGCCCUGGCCACCACCCUUCACAGUGCUGUCCAUGCAUUCUGAUUCUCUGCAGCUCACACCCUCCUCAGCCCCAGUGUGGCAGUGACUGCACGUCCCACCCACAGCCCCCUUCCCUUGGGCCCUGUCCCCUGACCUGGUAGAGAGGAUCUUUGGAGCCCAUGACCUGUGGAGCUGGGGGUGGGCAUCAGGAGCGGCCCAUUCUCGCAGAAGUGCAGUGGGCCAGGACACUGCUUUGUUGAGGGAGUUCUGGGUCCCGCCCAAACAGGGAUGAAGGUUCCUGUUGCUGCUGCUGAAACACAGGCGCUGUCUCCACUGGUGACCGAAACCCUGCACGCACUCCUGCUCCUGUGGACGUGGAAGCCUCACUUUGUCCAGGUGGGGGAGAGCUAUUUGCUCUCAGAGCUUGGCCUGAAACAAAAGGGGUGAGCACACAGGAAAAGCAAAAAACCUGAGAACAAAACAAUGCUCUACAAGCUCAGACUUUUCUUACAAAGAAAAAUUUAAUCAUUGACGAGAGGUUGAACCAGGCUUAGAGCAGACAGAUAUGGACUGGUGGCAUGGCCUGCUAACAAAUGCCAGUUUGUCAGUUGCUGGCUUUGGAAACCAGCCCCGGGACGCAGAGGCGAACCUGGUGGAGGCCAGUGCCAUAGCGAGACGUGGAGUCCAAGGUAAUGUUGACAGCGGUUUAGCCCUUGAGGAGAGCUGGCGCUCUGCGGCCGGGGUACAGUCAGCCUGGGUCCCCCAGCACCAGCUCUGUGCACAGACAGCUCCCAGAGAGAAUGACAUGAUUACACCGUUGAGUUCUGAAGGACGUUUUGCAUUUUAAUUAAAAAAAAGAAGGAUUUAUGUCAGGAAAGAGUCAUUUAUAAACCUUGAUGUGUUUUUGCCUAGAUCUGGAGUAAGAAUGUCUUUAAGAAGAGGUUUGUAAGGUUUUUGUAACAAAGUGCUGUUAUUUACAAAACAAAAACCAGAAAGAACCCCACAAAAACCUAACAGGUUGUCUACGCACUACUGAAAAAUUCUGAACCAAGAUCUGUACCUGUCUGAUAAGAGCAGGGAGGCCCCAGCCAGGCCGCUCGACGGCGAUUUCUACGGAUAGACAAGGAAGCCUGGACAGGCGGAGUGACCCCCCCAGAGGCGGGUUUGCAUCCGGACAGACAGCCGGCACGUGCCAGCCUUCAGGGACACACGGUCCUGCCCGCACCGGGCAGAGCAGCAGCACGUGAUCCACACAGACCCCACGUCCUGACCCUCAAGACCACCAUAGUAGCCUCUGGUUCUGCCCCCAGCACUCGUCAGGGUGAGAGCAGGCCCGCCGUGGGCACCCACACCUGCACCAGACGCACAGAACCCCACGGACCAGUCCGUCCCUCUCAGCAGAUAAACCACAAGCCUGGCUGUGCCCACUCUGUCCUUCCCUCGGGGACAGGGAAGGGUCAGUGUCAAACCCACACGGGCCCUUCGCCCCAAGGAAAGCUCGCAAGCCAGCAGCUGGUGACUCAUCUUGUGUAAAGACAGGUUUAUACAGUGACUCAAAAUAGUUUAGGAAAAAAAAAAUUUCUGUAAUGUCAAGUUCUCUGGAACUCAAAAUUGGACACCCCAAGGGUUUUCACUGAAUAAACGGGAACUGG